CUGUAGGAGAGGAAAAGGAGGGGCCAUCUCAACAUGGAAAAACUCUGCAAUGAAAAUGAAGCAGUGCCUGAGAAGCAAGUAAAGAUGGAAAACCAAGAAUAGCCACAGGAUGCCGGAAAGCCAGAAAUAGCUCAUACUCUGGAAGACAAGGAGAAGUUAGAAAAUGAGAAAAAGAUAGAAAACAAGGGAAAGAUAGAAUAUAAGGAAAAACCAGAGGAGGGAAAGCUAAAAGAAGAGGGAAAGGUAGAGAGCGAGGGAAAGCCAGCAAGCCAGGGAGAACUGAAAGAAGGAAAACCGGAGAAUGAGGGAAAGCCAAAAGAAGAAGGAAAAGCAGCCAGCGAACCAAGGUCUGCAGGAAGGCGCCCAGCAGGGGAUGAUGUACCCAGGAAAGCCAAAAGGAAAACCAACAAGGGGCUGGCUCAGUGCCUCAAGGGAUACAAGGAGGUCAUACAUGAUAUGCAUUUGAGCAAUGAGGAGAUGAUAAGAGAAUUCGAUGAGAUGGCUAGGGUAGAGGAUGAGGUGAAGAAAACCAGACAGAAAUUGGGGGGGUUUAUGUGGAUGCAAAAAAGUUUACAGGACCCCUUCCACCCGAGGGGCCCAAGGGAACUCAGGGGUGGGUGCAGGGCCCCCCAAAGGGGCUUUGAAGACAUUCCUUUUGUGUAG